UCUCAUUCGACUUCGCUUCCCACACGAUGGAACACCUUGGUUAUCUGUGUGUAGAUGACAAAACGCCCACAGAUGAGAAGAUAGCGAAAGUGAACAAGGCUUUUGAAGAGAACCAGAAGUUGUCCACACCAAUGUUUGAUUACUGUAAAGGAGGAAAUGAGUGCAAAGCAUUUCUGAUGUCAGAUCGCAAGUUUCAAGAUAUUCUCGCAAAGAGAUUUGGCACGGACUUCAGUAAAAUCAUCAAACAGGGGCCUGCGAUCAUCGACUUCAAAGACAACAAUGAGGCCGAGCAGAUGAUGCGAGCACAUCCAUCACGUGAUGCUGUAUCCGUCUUCCGUCCGCUGGGCAAGUCCGCGGAGUGGGAUAAUGGAUUGUUUAAGCUCUAUACGGCAUCCCAUCACCAAACCGAUGAGGAAUUCGAGCUUAGUCAGGACAAAGAUACACAUGCAAUGGUUGUGAGCACCAAGCAAUGCUUAUUUGUGGAGGGGGCACUUUAUGUACAUCUUUCGCCGAAGGGAGGCACUCGAAUGGUUUGGCAGGGGUUCUCGACACUUCCAAUGGCGAUGGACAUUGAAAACCCUAAGGCAUUGUCAUUCAUGAAAAUCUAGGCUGUAGCUGUGAGGCUGUUGUUGACUUAUUGGUCUGGGCGAUUGCAUGUGGACUGGGCUGGUCGUGUCUAAAGAACUCAACAUCAUCAGAUUGAAAUCAGACAGAGGUAUAAU